AUGUCCUACUACGACAAUCCCCAGUGGUCGGCUCCGGCCCAGAACAACUGGGACCACCACGGCGCGAGCACUCCUGUUCGCGCAGGUGCCAACGGACCGCAGCCCCAGGAUGACUAUGCCUUUUCGUAUCAAUUUGAUGAGGUUGAUCGUGCCCACGAGAACUUGCAGAAAUCCGGCAAAGGCUAUGUCAUGGGUGCGCGACAUGGUCGAAUGGGUGGUCCUCGUGCUCAUUCUGUUAACAACUUCGAUGACGCUCGUGGCUCUCAGGGAGCAAACCUCCACAAUUUCUAUGCCGCCCAGCGUCACCAGUCUUCUCGAGGCUCCAACGAGGCGGAGCAGGUCAUGCAGGCUAAGAGAAGGAUGGCAGCUCAGCGGGAGCGUGAGCUUCGAAACCUCCACACGGAGCAGCAAUAUCAACGAAGUGUCUUGUCUGAUGUUGCCACCCAGCAGGGAAACAACAAGCAUAUGACGGAGGAGGAGACUCGUGAGCUCAUUGCUCGCCAGCGCAGCGCUCUGUAUGGAGAGGGCACCUUUGCCGACAAGGCCGGCUACAUUGACGAGACUGGCAACAUCCGCACCGGAGCCCCCGGUCCCAGCGGCCCUGCCAGCCUGCGAGGCCACUCUCCCCUUGCCUAUGACAGCAUUGGCCGCGUCCCGGCCGACGUGGGAACUCCGGGAUCGGGCGCUGAUCUCAACGCGGCUGACCUGGGCUCGCGACCUCAGAGCACCACCAGCCCUCAGACCGCUGGACCGACAAACAAGGUGUUUGACAACGCCGUCGGCUCCCAGAGCCGUACCAGCACGUCCAGCCCGACCAACGCGUCUCCUCCCCGCGGCGACUUUGGACCUGGUUCCAAGGUUUCUCAGGGAGCUGCCGUUGCCCCCAUUGGAACUCGUCCCACGGGAACGCCCACGGGCAACGCUUCUGCCAAGCGCUCCAGCACUCCCCAUGCUGCAAAUGGCGGCUGGGGCCGUGGUAACGGUGUUUGGGGCCAGUCUUCUGGUCUCGGUGCUCAAGCCAGCGUCUGGGGUUAA